UGUUGCAAACCACAAAAACAAAAUUGCGUUCUUGUGAAAUGCAAGUAUUUUGAAAAUUUAACUAAAUCUACUUGGUCGAUAUGAGCCUAGAAGAUAAGGAAAAUGUGGUUCAUAAAGUGGAGGAAACCGAAGAUUCCAAAGCAGAUAGCGGAACUAAAAGAAAAUCCCCAUCUGAAGCCUUGGACAGUAACUCCGAAAAUUUAGAGACAGAUACCAGCCCAAUAAAACGCAUGAAAUCAGAGGAACCUCUGGUUUCUGUUAAGGACGAACCAAAUACUGAUACUCCUGUUAAAAUUAAAUCGGAGCCAGUUGAUGAUGUAGAUGAGCCCGCCACCAGCAGUGAUACUAUCCAGGUUAAAACGGAACCAACAACCAAUAGAAAUUCACCUGCCGCGAUAAAGACCGAGCCCACUAAUUCUAGUGCACAGGCUGCCGUGGACUCAUCAGUAUCUUCAAGUAGCACUAGGAUUUCUUGUCGCUUUGGUAUCCGAUGCUACAGGCGAAAUCCAGCUCAUCGUAGUGCAGAGGCUCAUCCGGGAGAUCAGGACUAUCGGCGUCCCAACUUCCCAGACCCACCACUCGGAACUCCUGCUUGUCCCUUUGGCAACGCCUGUUAUCGCCGUAAUCCAGUUCACUUCCAAGAGCACUCCCACCCAGCCGAUUUCAACUCCGAACAGAACAUCCGAAGCCGUCUGCGCCAACGACAAAACCAGCGGCAGUAUGACAAUGACUCUGGAACGGACGAAGAGGAUGACCCCUUUGCAGACGAAAAUUACGGAGAUACAGACUAUCGUCCAGGCGCAGAUAUUGACGAAGAUGACGAUGAUGAGCUGGAGUUCGACAGCCAACGCAUAAACAGCGAUGAUUAUGAUUAGAUUACCCAUUUGAAUUCACAGUUAAUUUAGAUUUAAUGUUCCAUUUAUCAAAGAAUUGGUUAAAUAUAUAUGUACGUUUGUUGUAAACUUA